UUCUACACUGCAGAUUUCACAGUGCUGACCCACAGAACUUAACUGAGCGGAUUCUUAUCCUGUCAUUGAAAAGUGGAUAUCUGAGUCUUCAUGAAAGAUGCUGUGAUUUUGAAACAAGGUCACCUGGAGGCCGGGGCUGGCCCAGCUCUCUUGGGAUUCAGCAGACAUUGGAAGUGGUGAAGGACACAGUGGUAGUCAAUGUUAUUUGAGCAGGGUCAGGAGGCCCUGGAACUUCCUGAGUGCACAAUGCAGAAGGCUGCAUACUAUGAAAACCCAGGACUCUUCGGAGGUUAUAGCUACAGCAAGGCCACUGACACUUAUGGCUAUGGCACUCCCCAUCAGCCCUACCCACCCCCUGCUGCUGCCAACUCCCUGGACACUGAUUACCCAGGUUCUGCCUGCUCCAUCCAGAGCUCUGCACCACUUCGAGCCCCAACCCACAAGGGAGCUGAACUCAAUGGCAGUUGCAUGAGACCUGGCACUGGGAACAGCCAAGGUGGGGGUGGUGGCAGCCAGCCUCCUGGUCUGAACUCAGAGCAGCAGGCACCACAACCCCCUCCUCCACCACCCACCCUGCCCCCAUCCUCACCCACCAAUCCUGGAGGUGGAGUGCCUGCCAAGAAGGCCAAGGGUGGGCCCAAUGCUUCCAACUCCUCAGCCACCAUCAGCAAGCAGAUCUUCCCCUGGAUGAAAGAGUCCCGACAGAACUCCAAGCAGAAGAACAGCUGUGCCACUGCAGGAGAGAGCUGCGAGGACAAGAGCCCGCCGGGCCCGGCGUCCAAGCGGGUGCGCACGGCGUACACGAGCGCGCAGCUGGUGGAGCUGGAAAAGGAGUUCCACUUCAACCGCUACUUGUGCCGGCCGCGCCGCGUGGAGAUGGCCAACCUGCUGAAUCUCACCGAACGCCAGAUCAAGAUCUGGUUCCAGAACAGGCGCAUGAAGUACAAGAAGGACCAGAAGGCCAAGGGCAUCCUGCACUCGCCGGCUGGCCAGUCCCCUGAGCGCAGCCCGCCGCUCGGCGGCGCCGCUGGCCACGUGGCCUACUCCGGGCAGCUGCCGCCAGUGCCCGGCCUGGCCUACGACGCACCCUCGCCGCCAGCUUUCGCCAAAUCGCAGCCCAAUAUGUACGGCCUGGCCGCCUACACGGCGCCGCUCAGCAGCUGCCUGCCACAGCAGAAGCGCUACGCGGCGCCCGAGUUCGAGCCCCAUCCCAUGGCGAGCAACGGCGGCGGCUUCGCCAGCGCCAACUUGCAGGGCAGCCCGGUGUACGUGGGUGGCAACUUCGUCGACUCCAUGGCGCCCGCCUCCGGGCCCGUCUUCAACCUGGGCCACCUCUCACACCCGUCUUCAGCCAGCGUGGACUACAGUUGCGCUGCGCAAAUUCCUGGCAACCACCACCAUGGACCCUGCGACCCUCAUCCCACCUACACAGAUCUUUCGGCCCACCACUCGUCUCAGGGACGCCUACCCGAGGCCCCCAAACUGACACAUCUGUAGCGGUCGCCGUCGGUCCGAACUUGCGGCUAAUUACCUCUUUUGCUUUGGUGGUGGGGUGGCGGGCGGGACCCGCGGGGCAGUUGGGGAUCCCUCUCCCCGGCUCCGGCCUGGCCGCUGCUUCCCAAAUCUCCUCGGAGGCAGAGGCUAUGCGGCCUCGCCUGCAAGCGCAUCCUCCUUUGGGUGGCUUGCCAUAAAUCAGUCGCGAGGAUCCUCCCCCGCAAGCCUGACAGUGCCAUGUACUGCGGACCCAGGGACUCUAAUCUGGUAAUGGUGUCCCGAAGGUAAGUCUGAGACCCAUGGGCGGUGCGCCCUGCAGAAGGACUAGAGUUGGAGUCCUGGGCCUGGCCCACAUCUAGUUUAGUUUCAGAGAUAUUAAUUUAUAUGCUCCUUCCCGUCCAGUAAAGGAUUGCAUCGGACUAAACGAUCCGUAUUUAUUAUUUGAAGUGAUUCGUUUCGUUUCCCUGAUUAUUUAUCCUCCUCUUAAUGUAUUUAUGUGUAUAUUUGUAGAAUUCUCCAGCCGAGCUUAGGAACGCGCUCCCAGGCCUUGGGCAUCACAUUUCACCUUUUUUUAGUCCCCUUGGUCUGAACUAGUUGAGAGUAGUUUUGAACAGUUGUAACCGUGGCUGGUGUUCGUAGUUGAUGUAAAGGAUUAAGACCACAAAUUGUCCUUCAUGGUUGUAGAGUCAAGCAGCCCGGUGGCAUGGCACGACACAUCUUACUCAUUUCUCAACAGCCGCGGCCCUCGCCACUUGACACAGUUUAUUGCUUUCAAAUUGUCUGGUACUAUUUGAACAAAUAUUUAGAAUAAAAAUUUCUCAGUUGGAAGUCUAUCUGUGUUAAUCACACCCACUUGCAAGCAACUCACUCUUGCCUUUAUCUUUUUGAACAAUCCCAAUGGAGGCUGAGAAAAAGACCAACGCUUUGGAAGACAUUAUUUUAUUUGGAGUCUAGUACAUAAAUUAAUUUUGGAGGUGAUACUUGCUUACAUUCCAGUUAUUUAAGUAGGGGAGGGAGUGCAAACCUAGAAAUGUCCGGGACAGGGCUUUGCCAAAGCAGUGCCUGCCUGCCGUUUUUUAUUACCCUCUCUAGACACAAUCGACUGUCACAUUAGGGAGGCCAGAGUCCAUUUUUCACUUUUAAAUAAAAAAAAACUUUGAAAGAAAACUGACAAUCAAAAAAAAAAAAAAAAAAGACAAAUGGUAAGAAUUGAGCUAUGAAAAGCUAAGGUGCAGAAAAAGAAAUGAUCAUUUGGGGACAGGCACCUAAGCUGUCUAGGAAAUGCUGGCACCAAUUUUUCCUUUGUAGUGGUGGGUAGUUCAUUUCUAAAGAAAACAAAUGUUCUCCAUGAUGCGAAGUAAUAAAAGUUUCAUUACUGGAGCAUAACACGUGUAAACACCCUGUUUACUUGUUUCUUUGUACAAAACGGGCAAAAACUUGUCUUCAAAGAUUUAUAACCAUUUUGUAAAUAUUGGUGUGACUCUAGCUAGGAGCAGACAACUUACACUCACUUCUAUAGGAGGGGACACUUGGAAAACGCCUUCAGUAAGUUUCAAUUCUCUUGUAUUUCAGCAAAGUCGUCCCACGCAUCUCUAUUUGGUUUGACAAAUAAUGCAACUCCCACUACAUCCCCGGGGACAAGAGGUGAAAUUCCCAUUGUGUGGAAAUAAUUUAACUUCUGGUGGAACAACAAUUGUUUCUAUUUGGAUAUGUGUUUCACUAACUAAUGAUGCUCAAAAUACAGUUAAUUUCCUCGUACUUCUGUGCUGUUUUUAAAAUAGCAUGUUAGAUUGGGGGCGAGGGAUAUUCUUUUGCUAAAUUUCACUUUAUCUGAGCAGGUUCAAAGUAUAUAUGUUGUAGAAGUGUAUGGACAGAAUAAAUGACUUCAAUUGACAUUUUACCCACUUUCAAGACUUAACAUUGUUUUAUAUAAAACUUGCAUCCAUGGGAGGAAUUUCCAGUUGUACGAAAUUAUUUUUUAAACUAUUAGGGGAAUCAAAGAUCUCGUUGCCUUGCAGGGGUUACAACCAUCUUUCUUAACUGGCUAAAUAUUAAAUAGAUGAAUCGUCAGGCUGUUUAGAUUCAGCCCGGUUUUCCCUCAUCUCCUCUUCCUACCAUAAAUAAUAAUAAAAAUACAUAAUGCA